CGUUAACUGUCAGGUCGCUCCGACGUGUCGACGCCGCGGCCCGGCCUGGGACAGGGCAGGACAGGGCGGGAGGGGGCGCCGGCGGUACCCACCCGUCCGUGGCCGUUAUCCCCCCGUUCGGCUGCAUCCCGCCAUGUUCAACGUGGAGAGCCUGGAGCGGGCCGAGCUCGGGGAGAGUCUCCUCACCUGGAUCCAGACAUUUAAUGUAGAGGCACCAUGCCAGACCGUGGAAGAUUUAACGAAUGGGGUUGUGAUGGCCCAGGUUCUUCAAAAAAUAGAUCCAGCUUACUUUGACGAAAACUGGCUGAACAGGAUCAAAACAGAAGUAGGAGAUAACUGGAGGCUAAAGGUAAGCAACCUGAAGAAAAUUUUAAAAGGAAUACUGGAUUACAACCAUGAGAUUCUAGGGCAGCAGAUUAAUGACUUCAUCCUUCCUGAUGUUAACCUGAUUGGAGAGCAUGCUGAUGCUGCGGAGCUUGGGAGAAUGCUUCAGCUUAUUUUGGGAUGUGCUGUGAAUUGUGAACAGAAGCAAGAGUACAUCCAGACCAUAAUGAUGAUGGAAGAAUCGGUUCAACACGUUGUCAUGACAGCCAUUCAGGAGUUGAUGAGUAAAGAGUCUCCAGUCUCUGUUGGAAAUGAUGCUUACGUUGACCUUGAUCGGCAGCUGAAGAAAACUACAGAAGAAUUAAAUGAAGCACUAUUAACAAAAGAAGAAAUUGCCCAGAGAUGUCAUGAGUUAGAUAUGCAGGUUGCAGCUCUCCAGGAGGAGAAGAGCAGUUUGCUUGCUGAGAACCAGAUUUUGAUGGAACGUUUAAAUCAGUCUGAUUCUAUUGAAGAUCCCAACAGCCCUGCAGGUCGUAGGCAUCUGCAGCUGCAGACUCAACUAGAACAACUCCAGGAAGAAACAUUCAGAUUAGAAGCUGCCAAAGAUGACUAUCGAAUACGCUGCGAAGAACUAGAAAAAGAAAUUGCUGAAUUGAGGCAACAAACAGAAGAGCUUACUACAUUGGCAGAGGAGGCUCAGUCUUUGAAGGAUGAGAUAGAUGUGCUAAGGCAUUCUUCUGAUAAAGUAGCCAAGUUAGAAAGCCAGGUAGAGUCAUACAAAAAGAAAUUGGAAGAUCUGGGUGAUCUGCGACGGCAAGUAAAACUCUUAGAAGAGAAGAAUACAAUGUACAUGCAAAAUACUGUGAGCCUGGAAGAAGAACUAAGGAAGGCCAAUGCAGCACGUAGUCAGCUGGAAACAUACAAAAGACAGGCAGUUGAACUACAGAACAGGUUAUCUGAAGAAUCCAAGAAAGCUGAUAAAUUAGAUUAUGAAUGCAAACGACUGAAAGAAAAAGUAGACAGCCUCCAAAAAGAAAAAGAUAGAUUAAGAACAGAAAGGGAUUCUUUGAAAGAAACUAUUGAAGAGCUUAGAUGUGUCCAAGCUCAGGAAGGUCAACUCACCACUACAGGACUGAUGCCUCUGGAAAGACAAGAGCCUUCAGACAGUUUAGCAGCAGAAAUCAUUACUCCCGAAAUAAAGGAGAAACUCAUUCGCCUUCAGCAUGAAAACAAGAUGUUAAAGUUGAACCAAGAAGGUUCUGACAAUGAAAAGAUAGCCUUGUUGCAGAGCCUUCUUGACGAUGCAAACUUGAGGAAGAAUGAAUUGGAGACAGAAAACAGGUUGGUAAAUCAGAGACUUAUAGAAGUGCAGUCCCAGGUAGAAGAAUUACAAAAGUCCUUGCAGGAUCAAGGUUCGAAAGCUGAAGAUUCAAUUCUUCUGAAGAAGAAACUUGAAGAACAUCUGGAGAAGCUCCAUGAAGCUAACAAUGAGCUACAGAAGAAACGAGCUAUUAUUGAAGACUUAGAACCAAGAUGCAAUAAUAGUUCUCUCAAAAUUGAAGAAUUACAAGAAGCUUUACGGAAAAAAGAUGAAGAAAUGAAGCAAAUGGAAGAGCGAUACAAAAAGUAUUUGGAAAAAGCCAAAAGUGUCAUCCGUACCUUAGAUCCUAAGCAGAACCAGGGUGCAGCUCCUGAAAUUCAGGCUCUGAAAAAUCAAUUGCAGGAGCGGGACAGAAUGUUUCAUUCACUGGAGAAAGAAUAUGAAAAGACAAAAAGUCAAAGAGAAAUGGAGGAGAAAUUUCUUGUUAGUGCCUGGUACAAUAUGGGGAUGACGCUGCAUAAAAAAGCAGCAGAAGACAGACUGGCUAGCACAGGCUCAGGACAGUCCUUCCUGGCUAGACAAAGGCAAGCCACGAGCACAAGGAGAUCUUACCCUGGUCAUGUCCAGCCAGCAACAGCAAGUGAUGUGGUUGCAUGACCUGCAGCAUUAUUAUAACAGGGACUGUUCAGUGCAUGACUUGCUUUUCUGUCCAGACUGCAUAACCAAAACUUAACCAGUUCUACACUUAAGACUCAUGGCCAUCUGAUUUCAAAGGGAGAUCUACUUGCAGAGAAGCUUACCAUCCCAGGGAGCUGGCUUUCCCAUUUCCCGCUUCCGUUUACUCUUUCUCUUCAUAAAAAGUCUCCUAUGAGGCUAGAAGAGAGGAAAUUCAGAACUCGACAGGAGGCGUUCUACAAACUGACAGAGCACUGUCAGCUCUCCAUUUUGCUUCUGCCUGUCCACUUUGUUGAAUUCUGAUUAACAGUAUUAACACACACAAUUCCUGCAACAGUUUCCUGUACUGAACUACAAAAAUCCAGUCUUAAUAUUCCUAAAAAUGCCUUUUGGUUACUGUUAAAAUUUCAAAGCGCCUGCACCCUUAAAGAAUCCACUUUGAGUCUUUACAUAAUUAAAGUAAAACAAAGGAGGUGUUUUACCAAGAGAAAUGACUAAUGAGUUGCUGCUUGGCCAUCCCAUCUUCCUUAGAAAAUGAGGCAAGGUUCAUCUGCAGAUCUCCGAGCCAGGCA